AUGUUUAUCUCACAUAUGUCAGCACCUCCAAGUAUACCAACAAUAACCACUCCAGGUGCAUCUUCUACUAAUACACGCAGAGUCGCAAGACGAGCCUGUUUGUCGUGUCGGGAAAAGAAGAUCAAAUGCAACGGAGAACCCAUGACUACUAUAACUGCAGCUGACGGCACCAACAAAGUCAUACCUGAGAAAACCAGAACAUGUUCCAAUUGUCGGUUUUUAGAUAUACCAUGUGUGUUUGUCCAAAGCAAUCGUGGUGGGAAAAGGAAAAAACGUUCUACAGAACACCAACUAUCUGAUUCCGAAACCACCACCACCACCACCGCUGGUACACAUUCAAAUCAGUUAAAUAAACAACAGCAGCAAUUACCUCCUAUAAAAAAAACCAAAUCAACACCUUUAAUUCAUAAUCUUGAAAGAGGAGUGGUGAUACCUCCUAUUAAUAAACAACAAGAGAAGAAUCAAAAUGGACACCAUGAGGAAGAAUUGGCAUCUACUGAAAGAGUGAGCUCAUAUAUAUUAGACGGAAAUAACAGGACAAAAUUAGCAUCACCUGUCUUAACGCAUAGCACAUUUGACACACAGAAGGAGGAAAGCCAUCGAUUCAAUACUAACUUACGUCGAUCUUCUGGUACAAUAACAGGUUUUCUGCUACCACCACCUCAAGAAUUAUUGGGAAGAAGACUGGUCAGUUAUUCCCCAGGACCUUCUUCAAUCAAGAACCAAUUGCCCCAUUUAACGCCAUCAUCAACCGCAACAUCUAGUGUACAAUCACCACCACCACCACCACCGCUACCCCGUGGUAUGGGAAUUCAAUUUCAUGAAGGGAAUCAACAACCAGGCAUAUUUCCACCACCUCCUCAUCACUUGCAUCACCAGUAUUAUGGCUACCCUCCACCGCCUCCACCACCCCCUUUGCAUCAUCACCAUCAUCACCCACCUCCUCACCAUCCAGGAUUUGGGCUCCCACCACCACCACCGCCGCCUCAUUUUAAUCAGUCACCACCCUCAGCUUCUCCAUCAAGUGAAUACAAGCAUCGACAUCCAAAGCAUUUUGAUAAAGGACAUCGACAUCACCCACACCCACACCCACAUCCUCUGCAUCAUCAUCAUCAUCACCAUCACCACCAUCCCCGUCAUUUUCAACAGACCAAUGGACAGAAUGACGUAAAGUCAAAACAUACUGAAGAGAACAGUCAAAACUCAAGAACGUCACUGCCACAAUGGCUUGAUAAUACAUCAAUCUCAUCACUGGAUUCAUCUAGAUCAGUUUCAUCUCCCCAAAGUCAACAUAAUGACAAAUCGCAAUAUUCUAGUAACAAGUCCUCCACCCAGAUGAGCAGUUCCACUAAUUCUGUAACACAAACACUUGAUAAACUUCCAAAAAUGGUUUCAACACAACAAAACAACAACACUACUUCAUCUUCAAAGAUAUCGCAAAACAGUCCUUUUACCGAAUCGGAAUUGGCAAAAUAUGACUUACCACCAUGGGAGGUUCUUAAUAAAGCAAUUAAUUACUAUUAUAUAUAUAAUCAACCUAGCCAUCAAAUAUUUCCUGCAAAGACAAUAUUACUUGAAAAUUUGGCAUUAAAUACUGACAGCUCAAUUAUCCAUGCUAUUAUUGCUACUACAUGUUUGAUAAUUUCCAAAUAUGAUCCGGCCAAUGAUAUUGUUGCUGAUGAAUUGUACUGGAUCAAUAAAAUGCAUAAAUUUUGGGAUAAUUUAAAUGAUUUAGGUAUAUUAUGUUGUUACAAACUUUUAGUCAAAUGUACUUCCAUUCGAUUCAAUAUCAAAAAGAUGAAUGAUAUAAAUAUCAAACUUUGGGAAAUGAUCAACAAUAAUCAAUAUGUGGAUAUUUUCAAACAGAAACGAUUUGAUUUUCAAGAGUCGAGAAUUAUUCCAACAUUUGGUACCAAACGUCAAAAUUAUGAACGAGAAUUGACAUUAAAAAUCAUAUGGAGUUUUUAUAUUAAUAAUAUUAUUUUAUUACGAUUUAACCAAGGAAGACCAUAUUACAAAUUAUCAUCAAUUAUGAAUGGAUUUAAAUUUGAUUAUGAUCGUGAUCAAUAUUCCAAUAAUAUUUUAUUGCCCAUGAGCGAUAUUGAUUAUCUUUCGUUAAAAUCAGCUGGUAAUAGAACUAAUUGGAAUCAAUUAUAUGAACAAACUUAUAUACCAACUGAUGCCACCAGUUUGAUUUUGAGUCUGAAAAGUUUUGAAAAGUCUUUAUCGAAAUUGUCUAAUAAAGACAUUACUAUUAAAAAUUUGAUUAGUAAAGAUGAAUUUCAUAUUGAUUUAAGCAACAAAUUAAAAACAAGGUAUUAUGAAAUUCUUCCAGAUGAAAAAUUGGUGGUUAUAAACAUCAGUUAUUGGUUUUCAAAUAUAAUUUUACGAUUAUCAGAAUUGAUUCAAUACAAUUAUAUUUUAUGUGAUAUAAUGGUUUUUAAAAUGUGCAAAUAUGACAUGAAAAGCGAUUUAAGUCGUAACAGCCAUGAUGAUCAAGAUGACAGUAAAGUCAUUGGCAGUACUCAAGGAGAUAGUUCAACUACAGGUGAAAAAUUACAGGGUGUUAAUGGAAACACUUUUCGACGUAAUGAACAUUAUAAGAGUGCUUUACAACAUCUUUUGAUCAGUGACGAGACUCAACUGAUUGAAGGUUUAACUUCAAAAUUGAAAAACUUGAAUAAAAAAGAUUGGACAAUCCUAAUUGAAAUGAUCAAAUCAACUAAUGAUUAUGUGGACUUAAUCAAGCUAAUACCACUGUCAGAAUAUACAGACUAUUCUAUUAUCAUUGGACCAACAACGUUUGAUGAUAAUUAUAAUAACGAAAAUGAAACAACGAAAAGAUUCAGGAACACAAUCAACAAUUGUUCUGAAUGGUGGAACAAACAAGAAUUGAAAUCCUCUGUACAACAAUCAUGGGCUAAAUUGCCUAUAUAUAUAUUAUCAUUUACUUCAGGGGUAUUGUCAAUUAUUUACAGCUUAGCAGUUUUGACCAAGUACCUUAGAUUCAAAAAGUGCUCUGGAUCAGGGGAUUUGAUUGUUGAAUUUGUUGAGACAAAUGAAAAUAAAACCAUUGAAGGUUGCAAUAUUAAUAAUCCACAACAUCAGAAACAUAUGGUAGAUGUGUGUGAGAUUUUCACUGAGUCUCAUAUCUUGAGUCAAUUAUUUGUUUUAUGUGAAUAUGUUAAAUUCAAAUUAAGUUAUAGUGACGAGGAUCUAACUGCUUUUAGUAUCCAAAGAUUAAACAAUUUAAAUCAACAUCUCGAUGAAAUUUUACAACAAAAUUUUCCAAAAUGA